AUGGCAUCGUCAGCAGCGAAGAUGACACCUGAAGAAAUCAAGGACCUCGUUCGAAGCCUCGAGGCCAUGGGACAGAUGGAUGCUGUCCUGAUUGAGGCACAGAUGGGACGCCAGCAGGUGAUCGAAGGCAUGAGUGACAGCAGCAAGCGUCGCCUCUCCUCGACAGACUCUGAGCCAGAAGAGUUUGAGUAUAUCUCAGGAGAGCAGGACAUGCCUGCCCGCCUGAGCAAGAAGCAGCAGCCAAUUGCUCCAAAGGCCACGGGAGGCACAGGCAUCCUGGUGCCCAAGCAUGUUGACCUCCCGGAGAAUGUGGAAUCCCUUGCAGACUGGGGAAAGACGAUUUGUGAGCUUCCCAAGUUUGCCCGUCGCGAACUGUCCUAUGAAGAUAUGAUCAAGGAGUCCAAGCACAAUGAAGGUAUGAAGGAGUACCUGGAUUGGAUCUACAACACUGGCAUCAAAAGCGCUAAGGCAGAUGACUUGCGCUCCUAUCUUGCUGCCGUGGAUUGGAAGACCAAGAAGGACAGCCAAGCGACCGGAAUCACAUAUCCGGGCACAACCAUGGUGCGUCGUAUGAAGUAA